UGGCCUAUUUUAGUUGGGGAGAACAAAACUGUUUUGUCUGCUUUAUUAAAUAUCAGAGAAAUCAUUGCAAAUAUGGGCCCCAGGCGGAAAAAUGUGAAACCAUGCUCAGUGAACAGGGAAGGCUCUGAGUCUACCAAAGCUGAUGAGCCGAAAGAUUACAUGAACCAGCUCUCUCAUGAAGUGCUUUGCCACAUCUUUAGGUACCUUCCCUUGCAGGAUAUCAUGUGCAUGGAAUGCCUGUCCCGGAAGCUGAAGGAAGCCGUCACUCUUUAUCUGCGAGUGGUGAAGGUUGUGGAUUUAUGUGCAGGCCGCUGGUGGGAAUACAUGCCCACUGGUUUCACUGAUUCCAGUUUCCUAACACUGCUGAGGAAGAUGCCAGACAUUGAACAACUUUAUGGUCUUCAUCCCAGGUAUCUUGAAAGACGCAGAGUCCGUGGCCAUGAAGCUUUCAGCAUUCCUGGAGUUUUAGAGGCUUUGCAGGCCUGUCCGAAUCUGCUGGGUGUUGAGACCUCCCAUCUGGAGCUGGUGGAAGCUAUUUGGACGUACAUGCCGCAGGUUCAUAUUUUAGGGAAGUUUCGUAAUCGUAAUGGUGCUUUUCCGAUUCCUCCUGAGAACAAACUGAAAAUUCCUAUAGGAGCUAAAAUUCAGACUUUGCAUUUAGUAGGAGUGAAUGUCCCUGAAAUUCCUUGUAUCCCAAUGCUGAGGCACCUUUAUCUGAAGUGGGUGAGACUCACCAAACCACAGCCUUUUAAAGAUUUCCUUUGUAUCAGCUUACGCACUUUUGUCAUGAGGAAUUGUGCAGGACCCACAAAUUCUCUGAAGUAUGUACCCUUAGUAACAGGCUUGGCUUCUGCCCGGAAUUUGGAGCAUUUAGAACUCGUUCGUGUUCCUUUUCUUGGAGGACUUAUCCAGCAUGUGGUAGAAGAUAGCUGGAGAUCAGGCGGUUUUAGGAAUUUGCACACUAUAGUUCUCGGAGCUUGCAAGAAUGCCCUUGAAGUGGAUCUUGGCUACCUCAUCAUAACUGCUGCACGAAGAUUGCAUGAAGUGCGGAUCCAGCCUUCCUUGACCAAAGAUGGUGUUUUUUCUGCUCUGAAGAUGGCUGAACUGGAAUUCCCACAGUUUGAAACUCUUCAUCUAGGAUAUGUUGAUGAGUUUUUACUGCAGUGUAAAAUGACGAAUGGGGACUUGGUAAAGUACGGCUUGGCUGAUGUGGUUGAAAAUCCAGGGAUUAUUACAGACAUUGGUAUGAAAGCUGGAAAUGAAGUGUUUUCUUGCAUCAAGUAUCUGGUAAUUUACAACUGCCCGCAUCUACACAACCCAAAUAAUUGGAUCACAGAUCAUUCAAGAUGGACCCGGCUGGUUGACCUCACCCUGGUGCGAUGCCAUGCGAUAAAGCUAGAUUCUUUCAGUCAGUUUAUUGAGUUAUUGCCAAGCUUAGAAUUUAUUUCUCUUGACCAGAUGUUCCGUGAACCUCCUAAGGGCUGUGCUCGUGUGGGCCUAAGUGCAGGCACAGGGAUCGGUGUCUCGUCUGCCCUGGUCAGUAAUCAGAACUCAAACAAUGACAAUGACAACAACAAUAACCACCAGAAUAACAAUAAUCCCAAUAUCCACCACAACAAUCACCAACACCCAAACGACCAGAAUGAGGAGAACGAGCUGCGGCAAGAUGGGCAGGCUGAAGAGCAGCAAAUCGCAGCUGAGGCACUGAAUGAGAUGGAGGAGGUGGUGCAGGAAGAAGGGGUGGCUGUGGUGCAAGGCCAGAAUGAGGUCCCUGCCCACAGCCAGGCUGUUGUUCCAAUGGAGGUUGAUGAAGAGCAAGCAGGACCAAGUGGCAUUCAGCCUGUCGUAAAAGCAGCGCCUAUUACUGUCCAUGAUUCAGACAGUGAGGAUGAGGAAGAAAACAUGGGGACUUCAAGAGCCUGCAUCACUAACAGCAUUGUGCAGAAUUACUCAGAUGGAGAAGACAAAGCCAGGGAUCCAGGGGAAACUAGAGAGUCUUCAGGUGUGAAAGAGUUGGUGAGUGGUAAAGGCAAGACGCCCUUGCGGAAGAGGUGUAGCGCCAGCCAAGCGGGCCAGACAAAGCAGUUCCAUACUGAGGAAAGCAGCUGUGAGAAAGGCUGUCAAGUAACAAGUGAGCAGAUUAAAGCAGACAUGAAAGCAGCAAGUGACAUGCCUGAAAGGAACAAAAGCAAAGAUUCUUACCCAGGUUGCAGUAAUGCUACAGGAUCAACAGGAACAUCCACCUCCUGCAGUGCUGCUUCUCCCAGCCCUGACUGUGCACCGACAGCUCAUAGCUACUCUGCUGGCACCAGUGUAGCGAUUGCUGAUGGAUCCAGGCAGUGUGUUUGCUCGCCUUGUAAGAGUGAAGGUUCCAGUGAGAGAGAGACUGAGGAGAGCUCUGUUUGUUCCAGGUGUUCCUGCUAUAAGCCUCAGGACUUGCAGCGGAGGACUAGUGGGUGUUGUGAUGGGGAAUGCCCAUCCACGAGUGGAGCCUGCAGAAGCGGACCAAACAGCACUGGGUCGGAUUUUGCACUUAGGACUCUGCCAAACUGUGGGUCUCCAGUAGAGACGAGUGAUGAGAGGACUAGUGGGAGUGCUUGUGGGCCUGCUGGUGAGGAGGAAAGCACUGGCUCACAGUCAAGGAGCUAUGAGAUGGAGUAUAAAGAAGAGUAUCCGCGCCGGCCGCUGACAAGAGCUAGAAGCAAGCUGUCCCAUGUCCCUCUGGUGUCAGAGUCAGAGGUGGCCAAGCCAAAGCCGCGACAAAGUACAAAGCGGAAAAGGACAGCGGACAAGUCCACAAGCACAAGUGACCCAGUUAUUGAGGAUGAUCAUGUUCAAGUCCUGACUUUGAAAUCUAAAAAUCUUGUUGGAAUCACCUUGACCAACUGUGGAAUAACAGACUUGGUACUGAAAGACUGCCCAAAAAUGAUGUUCAUACAUGCUACAAGGUGCCGUGUACUGAAGCACUUGAAAGUAGAAAAUGCACCAGUUGUCAAUCGGUUUGACUAUGCCCAGUGCAAGAAGUUAAACAUGGAUCAGGUUCUGGAUCAGAUUCUCAGAAUGCCGCCAGAAAGGAACCGGAUCAUUUAUCUUCGUCCAAUGCAGCAGGUUGACACAUUGACUCUAGAGCAAAAGAUAUUUAGUGGCCCUUAUCCAUACCACAUUUGCAUAAUUCAUGAAUUCAGUAAUCCACCUAAUGUCCGCAACAAGGUGCGCGUUCGGAGUUGGAUGGACACAAUAGCAAAUAUUAACCAAGAGCUUAUUAAAUAUGAGUUCUUCCCUGAAGCUACACGAACUGAUGAAGACCUGAAGAAAUACACUAAGUACCCUUGGGGAAGAGAUAUUUACACUCUAGAAGGCAUUGUGGAUGGAGCCCCUUAUUCCAUGAUUACUGACUUCCCAUGGUUGAGGUCACUUAGAACAGCGGAGCCAAAUAGCUAUGCCAGAUAUGAUUUUGAGGACGAUGAGAGAACUACUAUUUAUGCUCCCCGGAGGAAAGGACAGCUGUCUGCAGACAUCUGUAUGGAGACAAUAGGAGAAGAGAUCUCUGAACUGCGCCAGAUGAAAAAAGGUGUAUUCCAGCGUGUUGUCGCUAUCUUCAUCCAUUACUGUGAUGUCAACGGUGAACCAGUAGAAGAUGAUUACAUUUGAAUGGCUCUCCCGCCUAACCAGUCAUCUCUUCCUAAAUUCUGAUUGGCUCUGCUGGCAAGGAAAGCAGGUGGAUUCUUCCCGACUGCAGUGUGCUUUCUUUAAACAUAUACUUUGCAGUUGCUCUGACUCAGUUUGGAAAAGAGUAUGUAGUAAAUGUAUAAUGAAAAGUGAAAAUUGUAUACUAAAGUUUGUACAUAGAGGAAACAAAAGAAAAACUUCCUAAUACUGAGACUUUAUUUCAUAUGUUUAUACAAUUUAAUUUAAUUCCAUUUUAAUGAAGGCCAAUAAUUAGGACCAGGGAGAAAUAUUUGAAUUUUUCAGCCCAUAUGAUUCAUAGCAGUAUUUUUUUUCUUAUAAACAAAACCCCAUUUGCUGUGUUCAAGAGAGUCAUCAGAGUCUCUUUUAAUCUGUGCCUUUUUCUUGAGCAUUUAAGAGUCCAGUCUGAGUAAACCUGUUGAGCACAA